AACGGGACUUAUGCUGACUUCGCAUAUUCCAUUUUUUUGCGGGCCACCUUUGUUUUAUGUUUGUGAUUUUUGAUUCGUGACUGUACGUAUUUACUUGAUUAUGUUUGCAAAAAGCGGAAGAGAAGAUAUGGACUAUGACCUGGAAAGGGGAGUUGGUAUAAUGCUAGGAGAAAAGGAGCGGGAUGUCCACCAUUCCCCGGAGAAUGGAUCCAACACAUGCGAGGGUCUCCUCACCACAUACCAUGAGUACUGCGCCCACACCUCUAUCCACGGAGUGCAGUACCUGGGGGAGCGAGAACGCCCGCUACGGGAGCGCAUCUUUUGGCUGUGCUCCUUCCUCAUCUCCAUCUAUGCCUGCGCCACGCUGAUCUCCAGUGCCUACACCAAGUGGACGGAAACGCCUGUGAUCGUGAGUUUUGCGGAGAAGUCUACUCCCGUAUGGAAUAUUCCCUUUCCGGCCGUAACAGUCUGCUCGGAGACGAAGAGGGUGCUGAAACAGAAAGGGAAAGAAACUACUUACGCGGAUCUGUACAGCCAGUUUAGUGAGGAAAUGCGGUCCUCUGGGAUCUUCAAGCCUCCAAAUGUAAGCGCCUUGGAAAUGGAGGAGUUCCGCACCUUGCUGCAUGUGUGCAACACCCAAAUUAUCGAAGACGACAUGCCACUGAUCGCCGGCGACGAUCUUGAUUACUAUGAUGUCCUGGAGCGGAUGCUGCCCCAAUUCGAUAGAUACUUUUUCUACUGCCGCUGGCUAAGUCGGUUUGGGGAAUGUGAGAAGUUCUUCCGCAAGACGCUCACCGAAGAAGGGAUAUGCUAUACUUUCAACGGGUUGAGGGCCAGCGACAUUUACCGCGAGGACACCUACCAAUACCAGCACAGCGGGGAGCCUCUGGAAAUGGAGAACAUCAGCUCACGGCACACGCCCUGGACUCUGGAGACGGGCUACUCCCAUAACAGCGACGUUGAGACGUUUCCAGCUCGAGUUCUUAGCGCUGGAGCUAGAUCAGGCAUCUUCCUGGCCCUCCAGAGUUUUAAGCAGGAAGUAGACUACGCCUGCCGCGGACCAGUUCAGGGAUUUAAGGUCCUGCUACAUGCUCCCGAUGAUGUGCCGCAGGUGUCGAAGCAGUUUGUUCGCAUCCCCAUGGGCAAGGAGGUGUUGAUCGCUGUAAAGCCAAACAUGAUUACCAUGUCAUCGGGCAUCUCCGAAUACCAUCCUCAGAGGCGACAGUGCUUCCUUAGCCACGAAAGAUCUCUUCGCUUUUUUAAGGUGUACACCGAGUCCAACUGCCAGCUGGAGUGCCUGGCCAACUUCACUCUAACCAAGUGCGGAUGUGUUAAGUUUUCGAUGCCCCGCAACAUGGAGAUGCCGGUGUGUGGCGAAGACAAGAUCCACUGCUACGAUCGAGCGGAGCGGCAGCUGCUGGUUAGGGAGUUCAAGAGAAUCAGGGCCCUUGAUGCGGCUGGGGAUAUUUCGCGUGGCGUGGAAUCUGCCUGCAACUGCAUGCCCGCCUGCACAUCGCUGGUCUACAACACUGAGAUCUCGCAAGCCAACUUCGAUCUGGAGGAGAUGCUUCUGGCCGAGGGCGACACCGACUUCAUGGAAGAGUAUCCCGGCUCGCAGAUGUCCCGCUUGUCCAUCUACUUUAAGGAGAGCCAGUUCAUCACCUCAAAGCGCUCGGAGCUCUAUGGCAUCACAGAAUUCCUGGCCAAUUGCGGAGGUAUCUUCGGCCUCUUCAUGGGUUUCUCCAUUCUCAGCUUGGUUGAGAUGAUCUACCACUUCACCUUGCGGUUCUUCACUAACCUGAAGCGCCUGGCCAAGAUGCAAGAAAGGUAAUGGAGAAAUAUGAAUGCAAUUAUUGGUCCCAGGCCAUAUCUGUUGGCCGGGAAAGCAGUAAUGUAUGUAGGAUUUUGUAGUGCAUUGUUUUAUGUUAGUUGUUAAAUUGUAAACUAUUUAUUAUUUCUCUAAUGCAAUUUAAAAAAUUGUUGUAUCUAAUUGUGUUAAAAUUUUUUAUAAAAUAUAUAAGUUUACAAAACA